CGGACGCCUGCACUCGCUGAUUAGAGGGAUGCAGGAAGGUCUCGCAUGAGAAGUUUGGUCGCAGCAAAAAAAUUUCUUUGGCAGUUUUGCCAGAUGGGGACAUGCUGUGUGAGGUCACUCCAUAUCAUGGCUGGCCUUUUCAGUUUGGUCUUCUUAGCUGUCAGCACCUUCACUCAAGACUUGCCAUCAACCCUACAUGGAUGCACAGAUGGAAGCUGUUACCCAGCAACAGGCAACCUCCUCAUUGGUCGAGCUGCUAACCUGACAGCUACCUCAACCUGUGGCCUGCAUGUUCCAGAGCAAUAUUGCAUUGUCAGCCACCUGCUAGAGAAAGACAAAUGUUUUUCGUGCAACUCCAAAUCGCCAUAUGACCCUAUCAGGAAUAAGUACAGCCACCGGGUGGAGAAUGUCAUCUACUUGAAAGACAGGAAUGGAAACCUCAACUGGUGGCAGUCAGUCAACGGUGAGGAGAACGUCACUCUCAGGCUGGAUCUGGAGGCUGAGUUCCACUUUACUCAUCUCAUCAUGAAGUUCAGAACAUUCAGGCCUGCUGCCAUGGUCAUUGAACGCUCUAUGAAUUUCGGUCAAUCUUGGAAUCCCUACCGCUACUUCUCCUACAAUUGCACCAGGAUGUUCCCUUAUGUGCCUGCCCGCGCCCCCCGUUUUGUUACCGAUGUCAUCUGUGAGGAGCGCUACUCUAACAUCGAGCCUUCCUCCAGUGGGGAGAUCAUUUACAAAGUGCUUGAUCCUGCUAUUCAUGUCAAAGACCCCUACAGUCGUGACAUUCAAGAUCUUCUCCGGAUCACCAACCUGCGCGUCAGAUUCAUCAAGCUGCACACCCUGGGGGACAACCUCCUGGACCGACGUCCGGAUGUGCUGGAGAAAUACUACUACGCCGUGUACGAGCUGGUGGUGCGAGGCAGCUGCUUCUGCUACGGCCAUGCCUCUGAGUGCACCCCCGUUCCUGGCAUCACAGGCAAUGAAGUCGGCAUGAUCCAUGGUCGGUGUGUCUGCAAGCACAACACAGAGGGGCUGAACUGCGAGCACUGCAAGGACUUCCACCAAGAUGUGCCCUGGAGGCCAGCUGAGCUGGGGAAGCCACAUACCUGCAAAGAAUGCAACUGCAACCGGCACUCCAACAAGUGCCAUUUUGACAUGGCUGUGUACCUGGCCACGGGGAAUGUGAGCGGCGGCGUUUGUGACAACUGCCAGCACAACACCAUGGGGCGUAACUGCGAGAUGUGCAAGCCCUUCUACUACCAGGACCCUGCCAGGGACAUCCGGGACCCCGCAGUGUGUGUCCCCUGUGACUGUGACCCCAUGGGCUCGCUGAAGGAUGGCGAGUGUGACUCCUACACAAAUCCCAGCUUGGGCAUGAUUGCCGGACAGUGCCACUGCAAGCUCAACGUGAGGGGUAUGCGCUGCGACUACUGCAGGGACGGCUUCUUUGGCCUCAGCGAGAGCGACCCGCAGGGCUGCCAGCCGUGUCACUGCGACCCACGGGGCAUCGUCUCUCCGGCUUCACCCUGCGACCAGAUCAGCGGUGACUGUGCCUGCAAGAGGCAUGUCACCGGCCGCUACUGCAGCGAGUGUCAGACUGAGUACUGGGGGCUCAGCAAUGAUGUCUCUGGGUGCCGGCCGUGUGACUGCGACUUUGGAGGAGCUUAUGACAACAGGUGCAUAACAGAAGAUGGACAGUGCAAAUGCCUCCCCCACCUGGUAGGUCGCCAGUGCUCAGACGUGCAAUCGGGAUACUUCUGUGCGUCGCUGGAUUUCUACAAGUACGAGGCGGAGGAAGCCGAGGGGCUUUCGCCGGACAGCCAAUCCCUGCCAGGACACCCACGACCAAAGGCUGAAGUCGAUUGUGUGCAGCAUCUCAACAACCAGCUGCAGAGGCACCGCCGUCACCGCCGCAUAGCCAGCAUGCAGCAACAGAGGGCAGCAUUGAGACGCAUCCGCCAGCUGCAGCAAAAACCAGAUAUACAGAUCAUUAACAGGGUCAGGACUCCUGACCAAAUGGUCACCUGGACCGGACCUGGGUUUGCCAGGGUCAAGGAUGGCGCCGGUCUUGUGUUUACCAUCAACAACAUCUCAUAUGCUAUGGACUAUGACAUCCUGAUUCGCUAUGAGCCAGAGUCCACAGAAGACUGGGAAGCCAUAGUCAGUAUCAGGUCUGUGGAGCUGCCCUCUAGCACCCGUUGUGGGAAUGUCCUGCCCACUGAACAGAUUUACACUGUCACCCUGCCACACCAUGGAAGGUACUCACAAAUGCCUCGGCCCUUCUGCUUUGAGCCAAAUAACCGCUACAUUAUAGCCGUCCGCUUCCAGCGACACCAAGCCACUUACCGCCAUCUGACUGCCUUCAUUCUGAUUGACUCGCUAGUUCUUAUCCCCAAGUACACGGACCUGCCUGGCUUCUUGGAGGGCACGCCUGCAUCAGAACACCGCCGUAAGGAGAUGCUGCACUAUAUGUGUGUGGGGUCCUUCAUGAUGACGCCCCUGCCGCCUUUGGCAGAGAUGUGCACCAAGCUCAUUUGCAGCAUCUCUGCUGUGAUGCACAACGGCGCCCUGCCUUGUAAUUGUAACCUCCAGGGAUCACUCAGCACAGAGUGUGAAAAGGUCGGAGGUCAGUGUCAGUGUAAGUCCAAUGUGGUGGGUCGCCAGUGCGACCAGUGUGCCCCAGGAACCUACGGCUUUGGGGGACCUUAUGGCUGCACUGCUUGCGAAUGCCACAAGUCAGGAUCCCACAGCCACCAGUGUGACCUAGUGACGGGUCAGUGCCCGUGUAGGGCAGGGGCCAGCGGACAGCGCUGUGCCGACUGCCAACCCGGCCAGUGGGGCUUCCCCUACUGCAGACCAUGCCAGUGCAAUGGGCACGCAGACGACUGCAACAGCCAGACGGGUGCCUGCCACAGCUGCAGGGAUUAUACCACUGGGGACUACUGUGAUAGAUGUGUGGAAGGUUUCUAUGGACACCCAGUGCUAGGCUCUGCGGAGCACUGCCGCCCAUGCCCGUGCCCUGGGAACCCAGGCACCGGCCACUCUUGCCACGCUGAGCACAAUCAGAUCGUCUGUCACUGCCGACAGGGCUACACAGGUUCACAGUGUGACCGCUGUGCCCCUGGUUACUUCGGGGACCCUGAAAGGCAAGGAGGAGAGUGCCGCCCUUGUCAGUGCAACAAUAACAUUGACCCCCUGGACCCUGAGUCAUGUGACCCUCACACGGGUCAGUGUCUCAAGUGCUUGUAUUAUACAGCUGGUCCAUCCUGCUCCCAGUGCAGAGAGGGCUACUAUGGGAACGCCUUGCUUCGAGACUGCAGAUACUGUACCUGUGUGACGGCGGGCACGCUGCCGGCCCACUGCACAGGGGGUCAUUGUUCCUGUGACCAGCAGACGGGGGCGUGUCUGUGCCGACCCAGUGUGGUAGGACGCAACUGCGACCAGUGUGCAGCCAACCACUGGAACUUCGGGACAGACUGGGGCUGCGAGCCAUGUGGCUGCCACCCUGGCCACGCUGCCGGGUCACACUGCAACCAGUUCAGUGGACAGUGCCACUGCCGCCCCGGGUUCGGGGGAAGGAACUGCUCCGAGUGUCCUCAGUUCUCCUGGGGAGACCCUGAGGUCAGGUGCCAAGAAUGCAAUUGUCACCCAGAGGGCUCCAGGACGCAGCAGUGUAACCCACUGACGGGGGAGUGCGAUUGUGUGGAGAAGGCGAUGGGGCGCCUCUGUGACACGUGCGCACGCGGCUACACUGGCAGAUUUCCCCACUGCAAUCCCUGCCACCCUUGCUUCAAACAAUGGGACACCGUGGUGCAGGAGCUGCAGAAGGACCUGGAUCAAAUCAGAGACAUCGUUCGGCAGAUUCAGGAAACUGGCGUCGCCCCAGGAAUCGGCGACAGUCGCAUUCGGGACCUGGAGAGGAAGCUAGCCACCAUCCGGGAUUUGAUUGGCAGUGGGGUGGGAGAUGAGGUCUUUGAGCUGAUCAGCCAGGCCCUCGACGAGCUGAGGGAGGAGAUUGCGCUGACUGACGGCCGACUGAUGGGCUUGGCCAAUGAGCUGAAUGACACCGCGGUGGCCGAGGGACAGCUGCGCUGGAACCUGACACAAGUAGAGGAGGACCUCAGAGACAUGAACAUCACGUUAGCUCAGAAGCGUCACGACCUGGACAAUCUGCUUAACGCUGGGUUCGCAGAGCAGUUUGAAAGAGUGCGGAAGUACUACAGGGAGUCCCAGAACGCAGAGCACCUGUGCAAUUCCUCGGUGUCAGGCCCGGACAGCCCCGUGACCCAGUCUGCUGACACGCGCCAGCAGGUUGAAGACCUGCUUGCCAGUAAUCAUGGCAGUCUUCUGCGCAUGAUGGCUGCCCAGAACAAAUCCCUGGCCAAUCUUCAGAUGGAAAUCGAAGGCCUGGACCAGACUGUGCGGAACCUGAGUGAAAAAGUGUGCGGUGGUCAUGGGAACCUCACCGAUAAUGGCACCUGCCCAAAGAGUCUUUGUGGGGGCUCUGGCUGUAAGGACAAUGAAGGACAAAGGCAUUGUGGAGGAGAGGGGUGUUCCGGGACUGUGAGUGCUGCAGCGAGAGCCUUAACGAAGGCCAACAAUGUUACCCAGAACAUCAACAUUGUUAACGAGGAGCUAGAUGUGGUCGCUAAGAAGCUCCGUGAUGUGAGAAUGCUUACCAGUGAUGUGAAGAUGAAGGCCAUGGAGACUCUGGAAAAAGCACAGAGUAAGAAGGCCUAUUUUGAAAAUUCCAACAAGAAAUUGAAGGAUUUUAUCAAGGAAAUCAGAGAUUUCCUCACAGAGGAGGGCGCAGAUCCAGAGAGCAUUGAGAAGGUGGCGCAGAAGGUGCUGAACAUCUCCCUACCACUCAAUGCUAGUGACCUGCUCAAAAUCGUGGAGGAGAUCAAAAAGAGCAUUGUCAACCUCACCAACACUGAGAGCAUCUUCAACCACACUUUCAAUGAGCUUCAGAAAGCCAUGGACCUUCUACAAAAGGCAAAGGAUGUCAAGAUGCAGGCAGAUGGGGUGAAGGACAUUAGCAACCAGACGAAGCAGGCCUUGGAAGACGCGCAGAAGGCCGUCGAUGCAGCCAAAAAGGCUCUGAGGAAUGCUGAGGAGAACCUCAACAACACUAAUUCUUCCAUUUCUGAGAUGGCCAGUAAGCUUAAUAACACGGAACAGAAGCUGAUGGAUGCCAUGAUGAAGCUGGCCAACCUCUCAGAGGCGCUGGGACCACUGCAGAAUAAGACCAAGCAGAACAGGCAGAUGGCAAGACUGUCAGUACUUUGUACUUCAUACAGUAUAUUCUCAUGCUUCCCAAUCUUCCAGGAGGUUGAAGAUGCAAGAAAAAAAUACAAAGACCUGCAGGACAAAAUAAAAGCAAUAGGUGGAGGUACUGAAGGACUGGAUAAUAUAAGACAGAGGACUGAGGACAUCAAGAGGCAAGCUGAAGAUCUGCUGAACAAGGCCAACAAGGGCAUGGAAGAUCUGCAAGAACUUGAGGACACAUUUCAGAAUAAUGAGAAGGUGAUGCAGGCUCAGAAAGAUGAGCUGGAAGAGUUGGAGAAGAACAUUACCCUUAUCAUGGAGGACAUACGGGAGAAAGUCAAGUAUUACAGCACAUGCUUGAAGUAGCACAUUGCCACACCAUUACAGACACCUCACACAGGGGACCAUGGGAAGUUCUGAUGACCGUAAAUGUAGUGAAAUGGUUUCACUGUCUACACGCACCCAUCCCCUUCUUAACUCUCUUUUUGGAAAUCAACAAGAAACCUUGUUGUAUUUCUCUUGUAUGUAUAUGAACCAUGUGGGCACAAAUAUCACUAAUCACCAUGACACUGUUCAACAAAUACUGCUCUCCAUAGAAGCUUGGGAUAUGAAUCCUCUGUAACUGUGGCCAUCUCAGCUCUAUGCAUCAUAUUGAGACUUUGGCAAUGUCCUGGAGUUACUGGAAAUGUAAAAGUUCUGUGCCCCAACUGGUAAAUUUGUCAUGUUUGUGAAGAGCAAUGUAAUAUUAUUCAGGAACCACUUUAAUUACCUGACUCUGUAUUGAUUGAAUAUAUUAUAUUGUUCUCUAUUGAUUUCAAACAUAAGCAAUAAAUAUGCAUUUAAUAUAAUUUUA